UGCAGGGCGCUGACCUCCACUCGUAGCGCAGCCCCGCGCCGGCGGCAGCUCCGCUCCCGACACCCCUGCCCUCCGCCCGGGCUACCAGCCCCGGGCUCCCACCAGCCCAGGCAUGGCUGCCUCCUACUGGAUGCUGACAGCUCUCUUUCACCUCAUCGGCUCUUCCAAUGUUGAUGUGAAAAAUGCGAUGACCUUCAGUGGACCUGUGGAAGACAUGUUUGGGUACACAGUCCAACAGUAUGAAAAUGAGGAUGGGAAGUGGGUACUUAUUGGUUCACCAUUAGUUGGCCAACCUGAGAAAAGAACAGGAGAUGUAUACAAAUGCCCCGUAGGAAGAAACAGCCAAUCACCUUGCAUAAAACUGAAUUUACCAGCUGCUACUUCAGUUCCUAACGUUGUGGAAGUAAAAGAAAACAUGACUCUUGGAACAACCUUAGUGACAAACCCAAAAGGAGGCUUUCUGGCAUGUGGACCACUUUAUGCUUAUAAAUGUGGGCGUUUGCAUUACACAACUGGAGUUUGCUCGAAUGUCAGCUCUACUUUUGAAACUGUUAAGGCAAUUGCUCCAUCUGUGCAAGAGUGUAAAUCCCAGUUGGAUAUCGUCAUAGUCCUCGAUGGGUCCAACAGCAUUUAUCCAUGGGAGAGUGUCACAGCAUUCCUAAACAGCCUAUUGAAAAACAUGGAUAUAGGUCCUCAGCAAACACAGGUUGGAAUUGUUCAGUAUGGACAGACUGUAGUCCAUGAAUUUUUUCUGAAUACGUACUCUACAACAGAAGAUGUGAUGGCUGCAGCUGCAAGGAUACACCAGCGAGGUGGCACGCAGACUAUGACAGCUCUAGGAAUAGAUACAGCAAGGGAGGAGGCUUUUACUGAGGCUCAUGGUGCACGAAGAGGAGUACAAAAAGUAAUGGUUAUUGUGACUGAUGGGGAAUCACACGACAACUACAGAUUAAAAGACGUGAUUGAUAAUUGUGAAGAUGAAAGCAUUCAGAGAUUUGCCAUUGCUAUUCUUGGCAGCUACAGCAGAGAAAAUAUAAGUACUGAGAAAUUUGUAGAGGAAAUAAAAUCAAUUGCCAGUAAGCCUACUGAAAAGCAUUUUUUCAAUGUCUCGGAUGAAUUAGCUCUUGUAACUAUUGUUGAAGCACUUGGAGAGAGAAUAUUUGCCCUAGAAGCAACAACAGACCAGCAGGCAGCCUCAUUUGAAAUGGAAAUGUCUCAAGCUGGUUUCAGUGCUCAUUAUUCUCAGGAUUGGAUCAUGCUUGGGGCAGUUGGAGCAUAUGACUGGAAUGGCACAGUGCUUAUGGUGAAGGACAGUGGUAUUUCAAUGCCAAGUAAUGACACUUUUCGUGACAGGCUUUCAGAAAAAAAUGAACCCCUUGCAGCCUACCUAGGUUAUACUGUGAAUUCAGCAUUGACACCUGGAGGUGUACUGUACAUAGCAGGGCAGCCACGGUACAAUCACACUGGGCAAGUUAUCAUUUAUAAAAUGGAAGGAAGAGAGGUACAAGUACUUCAGAGGUUAAAGGGAGAACAAAUUGGGUCAUACUUUGGGGGUGUUAUUACCACAAUUGACAUCAACAGGGACUCAUUUACAGACCUUCUUCUUGUUGGAGCUCCUACAUAUAUGGGAACUGAGAAAGAGGAGCAAGGGAAAGUGUAUGUUUAUGGUCUGAACAAGACAAAGUUUGAAUAUCAAAUGAGCCUUGAACCCAUAAAGCAAGCGUGCUGUUCACCGUUAAAACAGGACACCUGCAAAGUUCUUAAGAAUGAGCCUUGUGGUGCACGCUUUGGGACUGCGAUCGCUGCAGUGAAGGAUCUCAACCUUGAUGGAUACAAUGACAUUGUAAUCGGUUCUCCCUUAGAGGAUGAUCAUCGUGGAGCAGUUUAUAUUUAUCAUGGCCAUGGCAACACAAUCAGUAAAAAGUAUUCUCAGCGCAUUGCAUCUGGUGGAGAUGGGGAAAAAGUGAAAUUUUUUGGCCAGUCAGUGCACGGAGAAAUGGAUUUAAACGAUGAUGGACUGAUUGAUGUCACCAUUGGCGGCCUUGGUGGGGCUGCCCUCUUCUGGUCUCGUGAUGUGGCUGAAGUAAAUGUUUCCAUGCAAUUUACACCCAAAAGUAUCAAUAUCCAACAGCAAAAUUGUCAGAUAAAUAAAAGAAAAACAAUAUGCAUAAAUGCCACCAUUUGUUUUAAGACCAGGCUAAAGUCGAAGGAAGAUAUAUUUGAAUCCAUUCUGCGGUAUUGGAUUACACUUGACUCACAAAGACAAAUAUCUCGAAGCUUGUUCACUGAAAGCCAUGAAAGGAAAAUUCAAAAAGAUGUAACUGUCAAAGGGUCAGAAUGUAUUAAACAUAACUUCUACAUGUUGGAUAAGCCUGACUUUCAGGACUCUGUAAAGGUUUUGCUGGAGUUCAAUUUUUCUGAUCCAGAGACUGGACCUGUUCUUGAUAGCAACCUGCCAAAUUCAAUAUCUGAAUAUAUUCCUUUCACAAAAGAUUGUGGAGCCAAAAAUAAAUGCAUUUCAGAUCUUGUUCUGAAUGUAAAAGCAAGCAUAGCUGGAGACAGCUCCUCUCCAUUCAUCGUAAAGUCACGCAAUGAUAAGUUCACCAUCCAGCUCUCUGUGAAGAACAAAAAAGAUAGUGCCUAUAAUACCAGAGUUUUGGUUCAGUAUUCUCCAAAUAUUAUUUUUGCUGGAAUUGAGGAUAUACAGAAAGAUAGUUGUGAAUCUAACCACAACAUCACUUGUAAAGUGGGAUAUCCAUUUUUAAAAACUGCUGAAGAGAUUUCCUUCAAAAUAUCAUUUCAAUUUAAUGCAUCAUACCUCCUGGAAAAUGCUACUGUUCAUGUAUAUGCAACCAGUGACAGCGAAGAACCACCUGAGACGUUGAGUGACAACAGAGGACGCGUUACUAUUCCAGUAAAAUACGAAGUAGGAUUAAUAUUUGUCAGCGUUUUCAAAGAGCACCAUGUUAUAAUUGCAGCAAAUGAUACUGUCCCUACUGCUAUUAACACAACAGAGCAGAUUGGGGAUGAAGUUACUCUGCAUUACAGGGUUGAAAAAGGUGAACACUUUCCAAUGCCAAACCUCUCACUGAACAUCUUAUUUCCCAAUGUAACAGCAGCCAAGAACACUCUUCUCUACCUUACUGCAUUGUCACAUUCUCAAAAUGCCAUAUGCCAAACUAGUUACCCUGUAGACCCCUUAAAGAUCGGCGCUGGGAAACCAUUUGUGUUGCCAAAAAUAAAAGAACCUACAAAGGAUACAAUUAUGGACUGUGAUACCUACAGCUGCGCAUCUAUUAAUUGUGCCUUGGUCCCAUCUGAUACAUAUCAAGUGAAUGUUUCAUUAAGAGUAUGGAAACCUACUAUCAUAAAAGCAAGUAUUCACAGCUUAACCCUUGUUGUGAAAGCAUUACUUCGGAGUGAGAACUCAUCGCUGAUUUUGAGAAAUGACCAUCAGAAGCUGGAGACUAUGAUUAAGAUUUCCAAAGAACUCCCACCAGGUACAGUCCCCUUAUGGGUUAUCCUCCUGAGUAUCUUCGCUGGACUCUUGAUUCUUGCACUGCUUAUAUUUGCUUUGUGGAAGGCUGGAUUUUUCAAGAGACCACUAAAGAAGAAAAUGGAGAAAUGAGGAGGGGGGAAAAAAAAAAAAAAGCAGAAAUUUUUUGCUCAGGUCUGCCUUAAAAUAUUACUGUAAAAUUGUAAACUUGGAUAUACAUACAGUGAUCGCAAUGUUUUCUAAACUCUGGUGCAUUAACAAAACAAGAAGCAGAACAAGAAGUAGCAAAUCAAGUACAUGUAGAAAUGAAUGAUGCAAAGGAAGAAUAAACAGCCUUAUGACAUUCUGUGAUACUCAAGGACAUACUUUCAAGUGUUACUCAUUUUCGAAGAGUUCAAAGAUUCUAAUGUUUAACAUGAAAAAGAUGUAAUCAUAUUUUUGUAUAUCUAUGUAUGUGGCAUCAUUUUUUGUUCCAAAUUAUACAACAAGUCAGCCUAUAUGUAUUAAUCACAGUCUUUUCUAUUACCUUAUGAUAUUCAAAAGGAAAAAAAGCGUAAUUUUCAAAAUUUUCUCUUUACAUCAGUUCUAUGAGAGCAGAAUGUCACUUCAUGAAAUGGAACAUGAAGACUCUGAGAAUGCAUCAAAUACUGAUGUAAUGACAAUUCAGAAGAUAGAAGCACCUGCAGAAUUUUGAGUGAAAAUUACUAAAAUAACUUGGACUUCUCUUUCUGCUUGUUUUAGUGUGUCCAGAUUAAGCCAGGAUACUCCAAGAAAGAGAUUUUUAUGGUCAAGUGGACCAUUAAGGAUUGAUCCAUUAAAUUACAUAACUGCUUGAACUUGAAAAAGAUUUUUGGCAGGCCUAAAAAUGUAUACACGAAACAUUCAAACCCAUCUGAUUGCACACUGUACUCAAAUAAGCAGGGACACAGUCGUAUCUGCAAAUUGAAAUACCCAUAUUUAUGCAGAAAGUGUUUAGAAGUACCCUGAAAGUUUGACACUUGCUGUAUAUCUUGGAGUAGCCAGGAGGGUGCUUCAUAAACUGUCACUGUAAAUCUGUUGUGUAGCUAUUUAAUCCAGUGAGUUUAAUGUGUACAAAAUGAUAAUUAACAAAAGAGCACAGAUAGGACACGCAGCACUGGCAAGUUUCUUCUAGCAUUGUAAGACACACCUCAUCUUUGUUGCUUAUGAGUUUGAGAAGUGAUGAAGAAUUUGCAUACUAAAUAAGCACUUAAACUAUGUUUAUUUUGUGUCAAAGAUUAAAAGCUUCUGUGAAAAUACACUGAAAUCUAGAUAGCAAAAGUUUCCUUUAAACCCAUCUAGACUAUUCAGUUUCCUUCUUUCUUUCACACACGUAUUUCCUGCCAUGAGGAUCUCUCACUGGGGUUCUUGUGCUGUGCUUUGUCCUUGAGAGCUUCCUAUACUACUUGCAGCCACACAAAAUUAACAGAACAAAAUGGAAGUAUGCUGGCAUAGUGUGAUCCUCAGAAAAUGCUAAGGAGAUGUAGUAAGUUCUGUAAGACAUACUUGUUUACAGAAAAGCUUUGCCUGGCCAAGGAAGCCAGGAAAAGUUAUUCCUCUUCUUGGUAGAAAUAUCACUGAAAUGAAAAAAAGUAUUGCAUCUUUCCAAAGGUUUUAACUUAGCACUGACUUUAUAAUAAUAGCUUAAAAAGCAGUAAAAUAUUUUGUAAAAACUUUUUCUUUAGGAAUAGAAACAUAGAUUGGUUUGAUCAUGCUACAACCCUUAAAGUGUGCCGGAAGGUGCUUUGCGGUUUGAAAAUUUAUUGCUGUCAGUCUUAAGUCCUUUCUAUUUUGUCCCUAAAUUGGAGAGAGGAGUUAUUGGGAAAGGCUCGGACUUAUGUGAAUACAGCAAGUAGGAUUAAGUUUGAAAGCGUUUGCAACGUCUCCUUAUGUCUGUGGAAAUGUAGUUACAUCAUAGCAACAGUCUGCUGAAGGUAGCAGCAUGGCUCAGGAGAGGGCAAAGCCCUCCGUGGGAACGCUGUGGGUAGCUGUGCCUUGUGGAGCCUGGGAGAGCCACCGAGUCGGUGGACUUGCUUGCUGUGCUCAUCUGCAGGCCUGAAAGUGCAUCCUCUCCAAAGGAGCGUAAGGUGAGUUGCCUUGUUUCCAAGCACAGCAGGAAGACUUGAAUGGAUGUAAAAAAAUGAUGUGGAGGGGCUGUGGAUAGAAUUCCUGCUUCAUUCAUCAUGUGAGUUGAAUAGUCCUUGAAGGAAAGCAAAAAUCCAUUUUUUGAACAGUGAUGAAUACUCGCAGAGGUAUUUUUGGUCCCAUGGAAAACGCAGAUUUUAUUUUAAUAAAAUAUAUUAUUUUACUGAUUUUUUAAAAUAUUUAAAUGGCUUUUGCCAUGGUAGCAUCUGAAUGCCUCAUAACUGUAAAUGUUUUUCCCUAUAUUAUCUUUGUAAAAGUGUAGUUGUGCUGUUAUCCUGUUAUGGUUUUGUAAGGGAACAGAAUUAUGAAGGAAUUAUGACUCACCUAUGCACACAUAGAAACUCUGUGGUAGCAGAGAAAAUACUAAUAUAUUUUUUUUAUCAUUAUUCAUCCAGUUUGUUAAUUAUGAGGUCACUUUUCCUGGCUUCAUAAAAUUACUCACAAGUUGUACAAGGCACACAUCAUUUUUUUGCAGCAUACUUUUAUUUAGCUUAAGUGUUUUACAUUUUAGUUAUGAUAAGCUGUUAAGCAGAGUUUUUUCCUUUUCUGAUGACAUUUCAUGUCUUACUUUAAAGCACCAGCCUAACUGAAAAAGCAUAAGUCAAUAGAAUGGGCUAUUUCCCUAGAAAAAGGGAAUAAUAAAUACAUAAGUAUUCUAUCAAUGCAAAGUAUGUUUGAGAUCAGUGUUCCAUUCUUUUUAGGCUUGCUUUGCACUGCCAAAACAGUAGAAAGUGUCAUGUAGCCACACUGCUUUCCUCUUUGUUGUGAUGCUUUCUUCCUUUUCAAGUUUGUCCUAUUAUUAGAUUUUUCAAUUAUAAUAUCUAUUUAAAAUAUAAAUAUGUAAUGGGGAUAGCACUAUAGCACAUUAUUCUUACACAGGCUAAAUUAGUAAAAAUCACUAUUUUUAUCCAUAAGAACCUUUCCACACUGCACUGACAGAGCAGUAUUUUACUGCUUUUCUCUAUUUACAACAGAAAAGCCUACUGAAAGCAGUAUUGCAAAGAACAGGAAUAUUUCACUGAAAUUUGUGAGGCACAAAGACUGUGAGAAAAACACGCAAUCUGUUUUGUUCCUAUAAAAAAACAUGUUAAUUUUGGAAUAUGAGUCUAAUAACUAACAAACUAAACAUUUUUCCAUUCAAAUAAAAGCCUGUAAAAAUAAUAAUAACAAUCAUUUAAAAUGGGUGUAUAACCAGUCCUUAAGCAACAAAGGGAGUCUGGCCCAGCUCAAUUCCUAACUUCAGCACUGAAGUAGCUAAUCAUAGAGGAAAUGGAUAAGCUACGUUUCUAAUGUGUAAAACUUCUCUAGAAAGGAGCAAGAAACUUAAAUCAUCACUUAUGCUUCAGUUUGAGGCUGCCCUAGAGGUUGUUGAUCCCGGCUGCUGCUUAUGUUCUAGUGCUUGUCUGUUGUCACCCCAGGUCUGUAUUAAAAGCUCUUUCUACAGACAUGAACCCAUCUGUUCUGAUCCCUUACCUGAGCCCUUUAGUGCAUAUCCUGUGCUGAGCCAUUUUGAGCAUGAUGUUCCUCUUCUGCAGAGCUUGAGUCAGAGGGAUCCACCUUCAACUGGAGCCAAGGGUUUUCAUCUCACUUGGCAUCGAGAGACUGGAGUUAGGGUGACACUCAUCUAAUGAAUUCCAUGUAGCCUAAUUGUUUGAAUUUCUUGAAUUAACUUUUGUAUAGAUUAUGAUCCUAUCCAAAAAUAAAAGCGCAGCAAGAGAAUCAGAAUGUACUGUUGUUCAUUAUACCUCUUCAGAGGAAUAAGAGGGGAUCUGCAUCCUUUUUAAGAAAAAUAUAACAUUCUGCACAUUUUCUUUUUCCUGUAAAAUUACUCCAUGUGUUUUACUGAUUAAAAUAAAAAAUAAUUAGAGUCUAGUGAGCCU